AUGUUGAGGACAGGACUAAUGAUCGUCAGCAUUUUCCUCUUAUAUGCAUGUUCUGCUGUUUGCGGAACGGCCGGUGCUGAUCCAGACCAUGUCUUGGCGGGGCUACAGGUCCGGGAGUCUAGAACCUCCGUCUGCGUUGCCCAGCAUGCAAACUUGACGGUUUCUUUUUGCGAGCAGGAGGACGUGAGCGAGCUCGAGUCGUUGGUGGCUGUCUCGACCAGUCCAAGAGUGAGGCGCAUCCUCACAGCGGAGCUUGAGAAGCUGAAAACUUUCGUCGAGCUCCUGGAGGGAUCGGAGCAGACCGUUGCCGCUCAUGAAGUCUUGGCAGCGUCGGAGGAGGUCUCUGAAACAGGCGGACAGCACGUAGCGAAUCAUCAGCAAACCGAUCUUCCAGCAAGCGGCGAGCGGGAAGUAACCCUACGGUCUGAGGGCAGUCCCGACCCGGGUAUCUCACGGGGAGCGAAGAAGCACUCAGACGUUGCCGAUCGCUUCGUCGGAUUUCUCCCGGGCUGGACGGAAGUCGAGAGUCCUCGCAUCAAAGUCACGCUGAUGCCUUACGGGGUAGCGGAGUGCAACUACUACCAAGGUCAGAUUGAGUCUUGUAACCUGGAGGGUUGUCACAGUGGUCGCGUCUACCCUGAAUGCCACAAGGAGAAGAAAUUCCCCAAGCAUCCAAUCGACUCGGAGAGUCUCCUUCCCCUUCCCCCUCUCCCUCCCCCGACCGUCGACGAGACGAAGCAUGCUUGCGGCAAGGGUUUCCAAGGACAGGACGGUGACGCGGCGCUCCUGUACAAAAGGCUCAGAAAGCUGCAGCGGCCGCGCGACUGCAAACGCGCUCGCCUGAUGGUGUACUACCAUCAUGUGUCCGGCCUAGCCUCGGAGGUCCACAAACUUGCACUGGCGCUCUCCAUGGCUCUGAUGACAAACCGGACGCUGGUAGUCGCAGAGAGCUCCGGCUGGGGCUACGCUGACCCCCUGGUGUGCGGCAACAGGACUGUCACAUGCCACAUGCAAGAGCUCAACACGUGGUGCAAGGAGGAGGACGCCGGGGAGGAGAGCCCGGAGGUCCUGCUGGGAAGGUGCUGCUACAUGAACGACUCCCUGGUGACGUACCCCCACCGCGUCAUGCGAGUAAACCAGACGACUAUCGAGCAGCACAAGUUGACCCUGUACUACAAGACGGUCCCUCGGCGGUUUGCAUGGAGGGGGCUCUUCUGGUGGAGGGCGCAGCUUGUUAGCUUCCUCUUUCGGCCCAAGCCCCACAUGCGCCCGUCUCCUGGCCCUCGGUUCCGGAUCAGUAUGCACGUCAGGCACGACAACACGGCGGAGGCAGACCCUAUCCCCACAAGCUCCUACACCAGCCAGGCCAGCGUCGCAGCAGCCAUGCUCCGAUCCCUCGACGUCUCACUAGGGAUGGAGCGGCAGGACAACGAGUCUCUGCGAGAGAUCUCUCUCUUCCUGGCUACUGACACCCCUGAGACAGAGACAGAGGUCAUCCGGUACAUUGCAGCUCACAAUGCCAAAUCAGCUGUCAAGAUCAGAGUCUUCAGGGAGGAAGGGAGGAUGCGGAGGAGGGGAACUCACUCCAGGGCUCAUGGGCACGAGGAGAUUGUGGAUAUCUUCCAUGUGAUAUCCAGACUCGUCGACUCGGAUGUUUUCAUCGGGAAGUUCUCGUCCGGCGUCAGCCGAUUGAUCGCCGAGCUCGGCUGCGUCUCAGGGCACUUCAAGAUCAUGCCUGUCUCUGUCGAUCGGCGGUGGGGGACGACGACACCAUGA